AUGCCGUUAAUAAUUCUCAUAGUAGAGAUACGUGAAUUAUUAUUUUUUAAACUUAUAGUCGCAGGAUCUACAGGGUGGCGCAUCGAAAACGAAACACACGCAUUUACUGGCGGGGGUGACACCAACCCUCAAAUCUUAAAUGGAAAGGGAAGUCGAGUGAUACCUCAUUUUAAUUUUUUUUCCAAAAAAAAACUGAGCUGCCAGUAAAUGCGACUGUGGUAAAACACUUGAAAACUUCAUCUCUGACUCUCUGCACCCUGGAACUACUAAAUUUUUCAAAUAUUACUAGAUAAUCAGCUGUUAUGCAAGCAUCUUGAUUCAAAACAAGACCUUAUAUUAUGUCAUCAUGCGUAUAAAACAAUAAAGAAGACAUACGUAUAACAAUGCUUGGCCCAGAACUAGUAGACUUUCGAAAUUAUUCUCGCAACAAGUCAAGAUUUCCCGCGAGACGUUUAAAGUAAUCCAACCGAUUCUGAUUGUUUCAAGACUUCUCGGACUAUUUCCUGUAACAUUUAAGGAUUGCGGCUAUUUUUUUGUUCUCCAGUGGUCCCACUUCUAUGCAGUCUACAGUAUCGUUGGUCCCGGAAUUUUUGCUAUAAUCACCCUAUCAGUUGUCUUCAAACACGAGGAUCAAAGAGACUCAAAUGAAUCUGAUAACAAGAGAGUAUUUUUGACGGCUUUUGAUACGUGUUGCAUUACGAUGAUCGUAUUGUUUUGUGUGCUUUCGAACCCAUUCAAAAUAAGGUCUAUUUGGAAAAUAUGCGCAAAUGAUAAAGAGGUCGAAAAGGUCAUCCACAUCAAAGAGAAUAAGAAAUACAAAAGAUACUCGGUAAUAUCCAUCCUAAUAAUGUUUGUCGGCUUCAUACUUUUUUAUUCCUUCGACAUAGUAACGUGGCAUAUAAGUCUGAAGAAAAUACAC